GUCAGCUGGUCAGUGAAAAAAAGAAUGUAAUAAAAAAGCCGCAGAAUUGUAGAAAAAUCGGUGAAAGCAAUUAAUAUUUUUUAUAUUUUAAAGCUAAAACAACAUUAAAAGACGCUUGUUGUUGUAAAAAUAAAUAAAGUAAAAGGUAACUUCAAAGAUUCCAUUGAAAUAUACACAUAAACGCUAACACACACAAAACACCAUCAGUACAAUGAGUGAUAGUUCCGAUGAAGAGUGGGCUGCUGAGUGGAUACCUUAUAGCCAGCGUAAUGAAUGGGCCGAUGUUACGCCCAUAGCGCAAGAUGAUGGAGAAAAUCCAGUGGUGGCUAUAGCCUAUAGUGCCAAGUUUCGUGAGGUGUUCGACUAUUUUCGUGCCAUAUUGGCGCGUCAAGAAAAGUCCGCACGAGCUUUGGAUUUAACCACCGAUGCUUUGCGUUUAAAUCCGGCUAAUUAUACUGUAUGGCAAUAUCGUCGUGAUAUCUUGCGUGCUCUGGGCAGUGACUUGAAUGAGGAACUUAACUAUAUCGAAGAUGUUAUAACGGAAAAUGCCAAAAACUAUCAGGUUUGGCAUCAUCGUCGUGUUAUUGUUGAAAUGAUGAAUGAUCCUUCCAAAGAAUUGGAUUUAACCGAGAUGGCUUUACGUACGGAUGCUAAAAAUUAUCAUGCCUGGCAGCAUCGACAAUGGGCCAUAAAAACAUACAACCUAUACGACGAUGAGUUAGCCUUUGUCGAUCGUCUUAUAUCCGAAGAUAUACGUAAUAAUUCCGCCUGGAAUCAACGUUUCUUUGUACUUAAACACUUUGGUUUUACAGCCGAUAGAAUACAGAGUGAAUUACAGUACACUAUGAAUCGUAUACGUAUUGUUAAGAACAACGAAAGUGCAUGGAAUUAUCUUAAAGGUCUUCUGCGACAAAGUGAAAGUGGUUCUUUAAAUCAUUUUCCUGAAGUUAUUGCAUUUUGUGAGGAACUUUAUAAUAGUAAUUCACGGUCACCUUAUCUAUUGGCAUUUCUAAUUGAUGCCUACAUGGAGAAAUGUUUAAAGAGCUGUCAAAUGGAGGAAAAGGAAACACUAUCACGUAAGGUUUACAAUCUAUGUGAUGAUAUGUCGAAGAAACAUGAUGUUAUCAGACGUAAAUAUUGGCAAUAUGUGGCAGAUGAAUUGAAAGGAAAAAUGGAUUCGAAACAGCUGUAAAAUUUUAAUCGCUAUUAGUUGCUGUAAAAAGAUUUAAAAAUGUUUUUUGUUUUUUUUUUAUUUUGAGAUGAAUAUUUACUUAAAAAGUUAACUUUAGUUUUAAGUUACUCUUAUUUUUAUUAUAAUUUUUUCAACAUUGUCUUUCUAAAUGUCUUAUGUAUUAUUACUAUUUUUUU